CCACAGGGUCAAGCUUCCGACUUUUCACGACAACAAAGGCAUGUAUCUUCACCCAUGACAUGUUCUCAGUCUUGUGUGAAGGACUCAUGCUAGAACUGCGGAUGCACCGACCUUGCCAGAAUGUCCUCACCAGAUCUUGGCCUUCCAGCGGAUAUUGAGGCUCUCGCCAACGCUCGCUUUGAAGAACUCCACGCCAAGGGUCGCAUUCUGUAUGAGCCGACAGUCCCGGAGUAUCUAAAGCACGAAGGCUUCCAUUUCGAAUUCCGAAUAUGCCCUUUCAUCAAAUCGAAACCCAUCCAGGGACCGGACGAUGAUGCACGAGACAAGGCCAAAGGACCGUUCGUGAACCCAAAGUCCGACGAAGUUCUCUGCAUAUUGCACAACUCGACCGGCUGGACGCACCGCGUGAUGCUCAACAAAUUCUGCAUGUUCAAGCCGAUGCUACUAAUCACCACGUAUGAUUUUGAACUGCAGAGUGAUCCUCUGAACAAGAGCGAUGUCGUCGCGCUCUUCACGACCAUGAAUUCCAUGAAGACGCCUCAACUAGCCUUCUACAAUUGUGGCGCACACUCCGGUUCCAGCCAAGGGCACAAACACAUGCAACUCUUCCCCAAGCCCGACGAAACCAAGUUCCCGCUCUUCCCUUCCCGCGCCCAUCCAGGACACUCUCCGCAUACGCAUUACAUCCAGACUGAUAUAGAGCACGUUCCGUUCAUGCACUUCGUCAAACGCUUCCCUAAGGACGCCGAUAUCAACGACGUCUACGCAGCAUACAAGCAUUGUCUCGACCAGUGUCUGGAAGCACUGAUUGAAGCCGGUCAAGGGACAGAUCACAAUGUCAUCAUGACCACCGAAUGGGUUGCGCUUAUCCCGCGUGCUGUGCAGAAGAAUGACGGACCCUGGGGCGCCAACGCCAUGGGCAUGAUCGGUAUGAUCGCGGUGCGUGACGCCAGUGAAAGAGAGCAAUGGGCCAAGCUAGGCUACUCGGAUUAUCUGCGCCAGCUUGGUUUGCCGCUGAAGAUGUUUCCGACGGCCGAGCAACGGUGGAGGUGGCAUAAUGCGGUUCGCCAAGAGGGCCAGAAGUGGACAUACGCUGGAGUGAGAAGCGAGAAGUAGUUGGAAUGCUGCGCAAUACUUGGGCUGGGCUCUUGGAAAACAUAAUGAGCAAUAGCGAGUCGUGAAGACGGGACAGGACGUCCAAAAAUAGCCUAACCAAACUUUAUGAUAGUAGACUCGACGGCGGUCUGGAGCUGAAUUUUCUUCUCCAGUCUAGUCAACCGUGAUCCCAUGUCAGCUUUUCAUGGGCAGU